AUGACCUCAAAAGCUCCAGCUGAAAACCAAACCUCAGGCAACUUUGCAGACAAAGACGGCCAAUUCAAGCGCCAAGUCUCGUCUUUCCGUGACUUUAUUUCCCGCGAACCAGGGGCCAAAUUUCCUCCUGAAAAAAAUAGAUACCAUCUAUAUGUCUCGUACGCUUGUCCAUGGGCUCACCGUACUCUCAUUACUCGUAAACUCAAGGGUCUUGAGGAUUUCAUUGAUGUUAGCGUUGUUGACUGGUUCCUGGGACCCGAUGGCUGGCGAUUUACUACCCCUGAUAAAGUCCCUGGGGCAACAAUAGAUUCUCUUUAUGGAUCCAAGUUUCUUCGGGAUCUUUAUUUCCGCGCCAAUCCAGAUUACUCUGCUCGCUUUACCGUUCCUAUUCUUUGGGACAAGAAGACAGAGACAAUUGUGAACAAUGAGUCUUCAGAAAUUAUUCGCAUGCUCUACACUGAAUUUGACGACUUGAUUGCACCCGAGUUCAGAGGGGUCAACCCUUACCCUGAAAAACACGCCGCUGCAAUCGAUGAGCUCAAUGAAUGGAUUUAUAAUGAUAUCAACAAUGGUGUUUACAAGUCGGGUUUUGCAACCACCCAGGAAGCCUACGACGAAAACGUCCAUAAGCUCUUUAAAGCGCUCGACCGUGUGGAGUCAAUUUUGGAGAAAUCCUCUGGGCCUUAUCUUCUUGGAGAAGAUUUCACCGAAGCCGACCUUAGACUUUAUCCUACCAUUGUGCGCUUUGACCCGGUCUAUGUCCAGCACUUUAAGUGCAAUAUUGGCAUGAUUCGCCAUGACUAUCCGGCAAUUAACAAGUGGCUGGUUCACCUUUACUGGGACAUUCCGGCUUUUAAGGAUACUACGGACUUUGAUCAUAUCAAAUUCCAUUAUACCAAAAGCCAUCUCAAGUAUAACCCCUUUGGCAUCACGCCAGCUGGUCCUCUCCCCAACAUUCUUCCCAAGGAUAAAUAA